CACAGUAGCCUAUGGACCUUUUUCCUCCCGGUGUUUUCUGCGCUCGAGCAGAUAGAUGGCGUAGCGACAUAGCUAACCAAGUCCUUACGCUUAGCCCUCCCCUCAUUGUUUUACUGAAUGUGAGAGGAUCGCUAAAACACUACAUGUAAUAUUUCGUCACGGCAAACUGAUAGCAAAGAGCCCAGACUCUAUUAAAUGUAUUUUGGUUUUGGACGAACCGUUAUAAAGCGAAUAAUGGGGGAAAUGGAGGACAGAUGGUGUAACGUAAAAGUACUAGCAGCCUGCUAACGUUUCAUGUUAUGUGUGUAUGUAUGUGUGUGUGUGAACAAGCGACACGCAUAGGCUUUUUUACUCAAUAUUACUACGAACGAAAAGUGCGAGCAAAUUUGCCCACCUAAGCAAACACAAAGGAGUCGCUGGUUUUGAUUUCGGCUCGUUUUAUGAGCAGGAAGACAAGAACGGCAGCAAACUUGACUCAGGAAUGACUGACAUCGCUGCAGUGCCACUACAUUCAUAUAGGUCUCAAUGAGCGGAGCAGUGAGCUAGUCAGUGUUCCGACGCUCAAUCGUAAUGAUCCAGCGGGGUGACUAAGUGGAGGAAGAAGGGGGGAGAGGAUGGGUGUGAAUGCCUCCAGCUACCCACACUCGUGUUCACCUCGAUUCGGGGGUAACUCACAGACCCAGCAGACCUUCAUAGGCUCCUCCUAUGCACCACAGGGUUAUGGCGGCGAGUCUAAGCUCUACAGCCUAGAACAUGGCCCUGAAAAACCUCAGGACAAGAAGAAAAAGAGCUCUGGUUUGGCAACCCUCAAGAGGAGAUUCAUUAAGCGACGCAAGUCCAGUCGGUCGGCCGAUCAUGCUCGGCAGAUGCGUGAGCUCCUCUCAGGGUGGGAUGUCCGUGACGUUAAUGCCCUGGUGGAAGAGUAUGAGGGCACAGCAGCACUCAAAGAGCUUAGUCUGCAGGCAGGCCUGGCUAGGCCCGAGGUUCGUACCCUGCAGCGGGAUUUGGCCACCCUUUAUCAGCACAAGUACUGCACUGAUGUGGACCUGAUCUUCCAGGAUUCCUGCUUCCCAGCCCACCGUGCCAUCCUGGCUGCCCGCUGCCCGUUCUUCAAGACUCUACUUUCUUCGUCACCAGGAUACGGGGCUGAGGUGUUGUUGGACGUUGGCACGGCAGGCAUGGAUGCGCCCAUGUUCUCCUCAUUGCUGCAUUACCUUUAUACAGGCGAGCUGGGCUCAGAAGAUGCAAGGCUGCAGAAUGUGGAUGUGCUGGUAAGGCUGAGCGAGGAGUUUGGUACUCCUAACUCCCUGGAAGCGGACAUGCGAAACCUCUGUGAGCACAUGCCGUAUUUUGACUCUCUGCUUAGUUUUUCCUCCGACUCGGAGCUUGUGGAAGCAUUUGGAGCAGGCGGACCUGCUCCGUGCAUUGGAAGCGCAGGUGUAAGCCAUAGCUCACCUGAUGAGGAGCUGAGGGCCCACAAGGCUGUGCUCUCGGCCCGCUCGCCGUUUUUCCGCAAUCUCUUACAACGACGCAUCCGGUCGGGGGAGGAGAUCACGGAGCGCACUCUGCAAACCCCCACUCGGAUUAUCCUCGAUGAAUCCAUCAUCCCUAAAAAAUAUGCCCGUGUGGUCCUGCAAUGCAUGUAUACCGAUGUGGUGGACCUUUCGUUGGUUCUGCGUGGGAGCCCCUCCGAAGGCAGUUUGGGUGAAGUUCAGGCUCUGGUGGCUGGGAGAGGAUGCAUGAGCCGUGCAGAAGAGGCCAUGGAGCUCUACCACAUCGCUCUCUUCCUGGAAUUCAGCAUGCUGGCUCAGGGCUGUGAAGACAUUGUGGCAGAGAGCAUCUCGCUGGACACGGUGGUGGCCAUUUUAAAGUGGAGCUCGCAACCCUAUGGCUCCAAAUGGGUUCAUCGGCAGGCCAUGCACUUCCUGUGUGAGGAUUUCAGCCAGGUCAUGACCUCUGACGUCUUGUAUGAGCUCACAAAGGAUCACCUGCUGACAGCCAUUCAGUCCGAUUAUCUACAGGCCAGUGAGCAGGACAUCCUCAAGUAUUUGGUGAAGUGGGGUGAGCACCAGCUCAUCAAGAGGAUGGCUGAUAGAGAGCCUAACCUGCUGUCUGGCACUGCGCAUAGUGUGAAUAAACGUGGUGUGAAAAGAAGGGAUCUGGACCUGGAAGAGCUUAAAGAGAUUCUCUCUCCGCUGCUGCCUUUCGUCCGUACUGAGCACAUAUUACCCACUAACAGCGAGGUCCUCUCUGAUACUAUGAAGAGGGGACUGAUCAGCACUCCUCCAUCUGAUAUGCUGCCCACAGCAGAGGGAGGCAAAGCCAACGCCUGGCUCAGGCAGAAGAGCGCUGGCAUUUAUGUUCGCCCACGCCUUUUUUCUCCUUACGUGGAGGAGGCCAAGGCCGUUCUGGAUGAGAUGAUGGUUGAGCAGACCGAUUUGGUCAGGCUGCGUAUGGUGCGCAUGUCCAACGUACCCGACACGCUCUACAUGGUCAACAAUGCCGUCCCCCAGUGCUGUCACAUGAUCAACCACCAGCAAAUGGCUGGCAGCCAAACAGCUCCACCGUCUGUGGUUGCUAAUGAGAUACCAGUGCCCAGGUUGGCAGUAGUGAAGGAAAUGAUCCGUAGGCUGCAGGAGCUGCGUCACACAGACCAGGUGCAGCGGGCAUAUGCUCUGAACUGCGGUGAAGGGGCCACCGUCAGCUACGAGCUGCAGAUACGUGUGCUCAGAGAGUUCGGACUACCUGACGGGGCCGCAGAACUCCUACAGAAUCCGCACAAGUUCUUUCCAGAAGAGCGUUUCGGAGAUGAGAGUCCAGUGCUGGCUCUGCGCCAGUCGGGUCGCUGUCGGGUCAACAGUACACCAGCUGUGGAGAGCAUGUUCACUGACCUGGAGUCACUGGUGGGCUUCCAUCCUCCACUGCCCCCACCGCCGCCACCCUACCAUCCUCCUUCCAUCCCGGGCCACAGCCAGCAGCAGUUUAAAGCAGGCUGGAGACCUCGGGUUCCUAGCCAGGCUCCAUCCAGAUCUUUCUCCUACCCCUGCAAUCAUGCACUCCUCCACAGGCAGCCCUCUUCAAAAAUGGCCAGCCCAGUUUACCCACCAGGAACCAAGCCGUUGCCUCCAGACUGCACCAAUGCGCCGGGAGGAAGAAGUCUUCAUCCUGAUAAGCAAAUGCAAAAUAUGGAACCCGUCAUGCCAGACAUCGCCAUGGGAGUAUCUGCGAUGAGCCUAAAAGAGCGUCGCCUUCCCGAGGUCUCCAUGGAGGUGGAAAGUCACGAAUCCCACCCCCACAUGUCCACGGCUCCGCCCGCAUCCCACGGCUACUCCAGCCGGCACCCGCACUCCUCCCGCAAACGUCACGCGGCCGAGCCCAAGCCCGACGGCCCGCAGCCCGACUUCCCUGACCUCUACGAGUUCCCAGGUCGCCACGUGCCUCCCUACAGCGGACCGGACCUCUACAUCCACAGUCGUCAGGCAGGCAGCGGGCCGCCGCCUCCGGCUUACUCCGAGGCUUCCGAUUCUCUCCGCCUGGAUGUGCUGGAACAACCUCCACAGAGACUAGACUUGGCGAUCGUCUCGCAAGCAGCUGUCGCACAGGGUGCGCAGAGGUCACGAGCCACGAACGAGACGGAUCUCACCUGUGGACUCGGCCCUUCGACAGAACAAUACGAGGAGUGGCCUACGAAUCGCAGGCCGGCCCCCGAGGGGAUAGGGCUGGUGUUAGGAGGAAACGUAGGGACUGGGGAAGACGGAGGGUUGGGGGCUCGAGACCGUAGGUCACCCAACAAACCCGAAUACCCGUACAGGAAGUCCGCUCUCUGACGCCUGAUCAAAAUACGAGGGGUUGUGCUAACAGAGACUAUGGACUGAUAUAAAUGCUAAGUUUAAGCUAACAGGUGAGGCACCAGCAGUCCUGCACUUUGUGUUCUUUAAAGUUAUCUCACAGCGAUGAAUGGCCACAAGCUAUGUGGGUGGCUGAAGGAUGUCACAUAAGCUGCUUCAGGUUUUUGAACCGCGUACGAGGAGAGCUUGGUUUGAUUGUGUGCACCAUAAAGAGGAAACAUCCAAAACCAUGAAAUUCCAUUUAAACUGCCCUGAAUAGUAGCCAUCCAUCCCCUAGUCACUAUACGUAUAGAUCACUGUCCUGCCUAUCUUGACAAUCCUGACAGAUUUUGCUCUUUGGGUUUGCAUAUUAAUGUACACUCACCACAGUAUGUUCCUUUUACUUUCAUUUGCCCAACACUGGCAGAGCCAACUAGGAUGACUGGGAAAUUAUAUAUGUAUCUACACGCACAGAUUUAUCUUUCCUUAGAAGUAAAUUGGAAAAUAUGAAGGCAAUAAGUUACAAACUCAUUACUUUCUCUAGUCCUUGACAAACGGCCCCCCCUCUCCUUUUUUUGAGAGAAGAGUGGCAGUAAUAGCUUGCGUAAUCCGCACCAUUCCCUGGCUCUUACAUUAGCCUGCGCAAUUUAAGAACCAAGAUGGAACAUAAAAGGGAAAACAAAUAAAAUCCCCUGUCUCCUACGAGGCAGCUUGUCAGGCAUAACAAUAGCUUAGAUGCGUCAUCGAAUUUUAUUGUGCUCCACAACCCGGAUCUAUGGAGUCAAUCCUGUGUGUAUUUAACUUUAAAAACUGUCGGUCCCAUCAAACGAAAUCGGCCCCCUCGGUUGUCUUUUGAGAUGCAUCUUAUUCAAUCAAGCUCGAUCAAACCAACCUCAGUCCUCUGGAUGUCAGCAGGCGCAAGAAUUUAUUUGCUCUAGUCAAUGAGUUAUACGAGCAGGUGACCAACAAUUAUGCUUAAAAAAUGGCUUGGGGAAAAUUUGAACAUUGAGGGAUUUCUUUUCUUAUUUUAUGAUUUUAGAUAACACUUCACAAAACAAUACACUGCUGCACUGCUGUUUUAAGCUUUAUUUUACUCCGAAUCAGAACGACCCGUGUUGCUGUGCAAUAGCGCAGGUGUUUAUUUUAAUAUUAAUUACGCUUUCUGCUUAUAAAAUAAAAAAAUUCUCAAAUGACCGUGCUGACGCAGCAAAUAUGCAGGCUUAAGCUAAUGAACAAUACGUCACGGUACUGUAUUCUCAAAAUAUACAAUUAUAUAAGAUCAUUGGACCUUAAAUCAUCUGUUUCGUGGAGCACAGAACACCUUUUGUCGGUUUGAAAGCACAAAAUAGUAAGAAUGUCCGGUUUUCCCAAAUUAAGCUGGGAUGGGAAGGCAGGUAUCUAUAAAGCUGAUCUUAGUAGAUUGAAUGAAAACUUUUUGGAUAGUUUAUGACAUGUUUAUCACGAAUGUCAUUUAUUGUUCUCGAUACCCCAGGCACUUUGAACAGCAGAAAUGGCCUUAAGAAUAGUAAAAGAAAGGGUUAAACUGCUAUAUAUCUGCAGUGAUGACCUCCAUUUUGUAUCACACACGGUCUUCUGUGCCAGAGAGAGACUCUCUACCUCCGACCAACCCGAUUUUCGCUUUCUCCUUUAUAUUCUUUUCAAAUUAUUCAGACCUCACCUUGAACAUUUACCAUUGAGGGACCGAAGCCAACAGCUGGAAAUCACAUUUUCACUUAGAUUUCCAUGAAGUCUCGCUGUGUUUUUCGAUUGAAGAAUCAACCCCGCAGUCGAGACGUUCAAAUAAAGAGUGACGUUUUAAGAGGAAUGUGAGGAGUGAUGGCUGUACCUCACGCAAAUUAUACGUCCCAUUUUGCUACGGUAAUUUGCAGUAACUAAAUCUACAAUUGACGUACGUAUUAUUAAUGGCAGGAAGCGAUUAUUUUGCAUUUACCCGUGUUCGUUCCUCAGUCAUUUUAGCUGUGACAGUAUAUAUUCAUGUCUGAUGCUGAUGUAGUAGUGCAAUGCACUAAACACGCAAUCAGGGUCAUUUUUUUGUCGGUGGGGUGGCACACUAAGGUUUAGUUUUUUACUUUUACAAAACAAAAUAAUACAAUGUUGGGGUACAUUACUGUGCCUUAAAGGGAUAGUUCACCCAAAAAUGAAAAUUGUGUUAUCAUUUACUCAAUUAUAUGUUAUUACAAACCUGCAUACAUUUCUUUGUUCUGAUGAACACAUGGGAAGAUAUUUUAAGAAAUGUUUGUAACCAAACCGUUUGUGGACCCUACUUACUUUCAUAGUAUUCUUUGUUCCUACUAUGGAAGUGAAUGGGGUAACGGUUUUGUUACAAACAUUUCUCAAAAUAUAUUCCUUUGUGUUAAUCAGAACAAAGAAAUUUAUACAGGUUUGUAACAACACAAGAGUAAUUGAUUACAGAAUUUUCAUUUUUUGGUGAACUAUCCCUUUAAGGGACCUAUUGUGUACCUUUAAAGGUACAUUUAAAUGUUUUGUACCCCUAACAUUUACUUGGUAUAACUUUGGUCCUUAAAAGGUAGACAAUAGGUCUUUUAAGGGUAUAAUAAACAUUUCAAUGUGUUGAAUACCCAUAAAGGUACAAUAAUUAACCCUUUGAGGGUACCACCCGUGACAGAAAGUGUGCUGAACCUGUAACACUGGUUCCAGCCUGUUAAACCUGACGGUGUCAUGAACCCUACAGCUAUACUAUGUAGUCCCAUAAGGGGGUCAGAUUCAUAAUAAGAUGCGGUGUAGAUUCCGGCAGGGGUACAAGCAGUCUUCUCGGAUGGUUGAAGUCAUCUGAAACGAACCGUAUAGAUACACAGGAGGCUUUUUAGGAAAAUGCGUAUAUGUGUAUAUAUAGUCAUGCAGAUCUGUGAAUGUCAGGCAGGUACAUCUGAUACAAGAUUCUUGCAAAUAAUUUCAUCUGCAUAUAAAUAAUAUGCAUAAUGCGCAGCCUACUUAAAUCUUCCCGAUUAAAAAACGUAUUUACUAACCACUUGUUUUACGAAUAACAAGUUUAUCCCAGAUCAGUUU